UUUAGGGAAGCCAUUCUAGUCUGCGGCAAAGAAGGGUUUACUUAUAAAGGUGCCACUAAAAGAAUGCUCGCGUUAUCAGUUUUGGCUUCCGCAUCAAUUUAUACUUAUUACUCCGCUUUGAUGUUUACCUCAUCGACAGAUGUUACAGCUAUAUAUUCGUCAGCGACAGCGUUUGUCUAUGUUCUAUCUUUGAUAUGGCUAAAAGAAACGUUCGUGGUUUUAAGGAUGUUAGCUGUUCUAUUAUCUAUAGUUGGUGUUGUAUUGGUAGCCUACUCUGAAGGUUUAGGUUCUUUUGCAGCUCUUGGCGUGCUGUUGACUGCUGUCAGUGCACUUUUUGCAGCAUUUUUCAGGGUUUUAGUAAAAAGAAUCGUCGCUGGCCCUUCAAUAUCACAAACUGCGAUGCUUCUAAGUAUUGUUGGCUUUUACACACUGAUUACUUUAUGGAUUCCCACAUUGAUUCUGCACUGCACUGGAGUUCAAGUGCUAUCUGCAGCUAGUUUCCCUUGGCCAUUUUUUUUGAUGAUUUUCUUUCAUGCCCUGUACGAUUUAUUACUUUGCAUUGGCAUCGCCAUUACUUAUCCUGUUUAUGCCUCCAUGGGCCCGCUGUUCGCUAUUCCUAUGAAUGCUGCGAUCGAUGUUUCUUACCGACAGGAAGUUUUUAAUAUAUACAAAAUCUUAGGAACAGUACUACUGAUGGUUGCAUUUAUAAUCUUAUCAAUACCAAUACCUAAAAUGAUUGCAUUUUCAGCGAAAGUGCGCAAAAUUGUUACCUUUAGAUCUUGUAGACAAUAA